AUGAUUGCCUGUGUCUCGCCGGCAGACUCAAAUGCAGAGGAAACAUUGAGUACCCUCAGGUUAGUGAAUAUUGCAAAGUCAUGGCUGCUCCGUAUGGGUAUUGCUCCGGGUUCUGCGGAUGGCAGUUUGAGGUUAAUCAUUUGA